GUUGCUUGUAAAUUCUCCAAACUUAGAUUUUUAUUGACAUUCCUGCUGUGCACCUAAACUUGCUUCUCCUCUGCUCUUCUCCCUCUUUCGAAUUUCCUCCGCACAUUCUAGAACCACCAACUUGAUUUCUGCAUAUUCUCCACAAUUCUUUCCCUUUAUCUCAACCUUUGUAGAUUUUGAUUUUUAUGACUAUUCUCUUUUUUUUUGUUUUCAUGAUAUAUUCCUGUUGAAUUUCAACCUGGAAUCUGCUCAUCUUAAUCGAAUCCUCAUCUCUUAUUUCAUCUUACUAGUAUAUUUUUUUUCCUUCAGAUCAUUAUAUAUCUUCACAUAUUCUACUUCUUUUAAAGCUCAAAUCUUUCUAUAAAAUCUUGUACCAUCUUGACUAAAUUUAAAAAUUAAACACAAAUAUGUCGAGUAGUACAACCAGAAAAGCCAAACAAAUGACGGGUGAAACUGAAAGUAUGGCCAAAAUGAAGUGGGAUAGGGAUAAAGGGAAAGAUACCCAUGAUAAUCAAUGUCAGCAGCCAUGGAUGCAAGUUUUUGAUGAAGCUUCCAUGGCUGCAAGUUCUUCUUCUGGACCUCCAUUGAAGAAAAUCCGCAGUCCUGAAAGACAACAAAUCCCUACAGAUUGGCAAAAUUCAUUAAACCCAGAUUCAAAUACUUUACAAUAUCCUAAUCUUGCUUCAAAAUUGACAUUUCCAUUUGCAUUUGAAGGUUCCUCUAAUCAAACUAACCCAAUCCCAUUUUCCCUUCCAAAUCCUCAAUUAAUACCUCAAAAUCAACACCAACAAACAAUGAUUUCAUUCGAUCAAGGCUACAGUGGGCCUGGGUACGGGCAUGGGAUUGGGUACCCGUAUCAGAAUCCAUAUUUUCCGAUGGGUUCAAGCCAACAAUUGCAGCAGCUUCAAUAUUGGAGUGAAGCAUUAAAUUUGAGUCCGAGAGGGAAAAUGAUGAUGAUGAACAGAUUUUCUGCGCAAGGUUUUGGGCAGAAAAUGGCUCAAGGGGGGAACCCUUUACCACAUAUCUCAACCACGAAACUAUAUCGUGGGGUGAGACAGCGGCACUGGGGGAAAUGGGUGGCGGAAAUCCGCCUCCCAAAAAACCGAACAAGGCUAUGGCUCGGCACCUUUGACACUGCAGAGGAUGCCGCCUUAGCCUAUGAUCGGGAGGCUUUUAAGUUACGAGGGGAGAAUGCAAGGCUUAAUUUCCCUGAGCUCUUCCUUAACAAAGGUGGAGCUCAGGGUAAUAUCGUGCCUCAAGAGGUGGAGAUCACUCCACCUCAACCAUCACCGCCGCCGCCGCCACAAUCCGUGGCUGAGGUGGAGCAGGAAGAGUCAUUUGGUGCUACAUCAAGUGAUGUAACAGUCAUGAGUGAGGUAGCUCAAGGUGGUUCUAAUGAAAGUUCAGAGUUAGCAUGGAAAGAAAUGACAGAAGCUUGGUUUAAUGCAGGUUGGGGACCUGGAAGCCCUGUUUGGGAUGAUGUUGAUCCUAAUAGUUUUCUACUACAACAAAAUAUUUCAUUUGGGUCUAAUUUAAAUCCACAAAAUGAUCAAGAAAAACAAAACAAACAGCAAGAAAUGUUUGGUUCAUCCUCUUCUUUUUCCCCUACUUCUUGUCCAAUGAGGCCUUUUUUCUCUAAGGACCAAGAUUAAUUCAUUUCAUCUCAUUGAUUUUCUCUUUUUCCUCUGUUUCUUUUUUAUUGUUGUGCUUUUCCUUUCCAUACCAGAGUUCAACGCUCAUCUUUGUAUGUGUGUUAAACCGACUUAGAUGUCAGGCUCAGGCCUAGAUUCCGCUUGCUAUAGUGCAAGCUCAUUUGAGCCUAGAUUCAAUGGCUUGAGAUUUUUGCAAAAAGCCAAUGAAUGAGCUGAGGUUUAUGUUCUGCACAUAGGCUGUUUAUUUUCAGGCCUUAAGCAGCAAUAUCUCAUUGUAAUGCCUUUUUAUUCUUCUUGUUCAACACCCCCUGCAAGUAAUAGUAUUAUGUUUGAUUUAGAUAUCAAUUAGGAGGUGUUGACUAUUAAAAGAAGACAUUGUUGAUAGUUAGUUAGUUAGUAAAAUGGGGCCAAAUCAAAAGAUGUUUUGUUGCUCUUCUCUGUAGUUGUUGGCCCCUCCAUCUCAAAGCUAUGCCUUUUUAAUUAGCUAAAGAUGGAAGUCAUUGUUUUUGUUUUUUUUUUUUUUUUUCAUUUUGUUUUUUGUUUUAAUAUAUACAUAUGUUCUUUGUGUUAGUAUUGUUGUAAGCUAUGUGAUUGAUGAUUACGAUGUAAUGUUUGUGAGACAUGUCAUUUUUUUAAAUAGUAUAUUUGAAGGUUGGUUUAGUUUGUUUCUAUACUUGAUUGUUGAUC